AUGGUCAACAUGUUGCGACCGGCAACAAAAGAAGAAAAGGAGCGCCGCAACCAAGUCCAUGAAGAUGCCGAGCCGACAGUAUACGAACGCCGCAACUUCCUUUUCCUAACCGGCCCAUGCCCACGCGGACGGUACCAAGCGUUUGCGACUCAAAAGUGGUUAGAGAGUAUCGGUCCAUCUGCUCGCCAACACGUUACAAGUCUAUCUCUUCUCGUGCAGCCCUACGAAGAAGACUGUUCAGCACAGGCUACCCAAAGAGCAUUUGCCGAGCUGGCCAAUUACAUUCUGGAGCACUUGACCGGAUUCAAGACGCUGUGUCUCAACAUAUGGGAUGAUGAGAUGAGCCUCUGGGGUGCGGCGAGCGAGUUCAGCAUCCUUCUACACAGAGAUGAUGUAAAGAUCAUAGUGGGGUGUAUUCUGUGGAGCGGUGAGACAAGAGAAUACAGCAAUGCUAGAGCAUUCUUUGAGGCUAUGACUACACCGCCACACACGAAAAAUACGCGGCCACUCAACAAUCAAAUAAUGGGCGAUGACAAUGGGGAGGAUAGCGCGGAUGAGCAAGAAGAGGCUCAGGAAGAUUUGUCCGAUGGACUCGGCACAACAGAGGAUGAGAUAAGGAAUGACGGAGAGCCCAAAGAGACGUCAGUAUCUUCACCAAGUCUCAAAUCCGACACUGAAGAUGAGAUUGGAUCUGAAGAUGAUUGGACCGACGCAGCUAUGAGUCCUAUGGAAACUGAGAAAGAUUGGCAGAUACUAUAA